AUGCAUUCGCGAGGUUUAAUCCUGUUCAGCGCCUGGUACAUCGCAUCACGAACGCUGUGGAGUGCACUGCGAGGAGAAAAAUGUGCAUGUUACGAGUCGGUGGACAAUCUUUCAGAGGUUCCUCCCAUGAUGCGCUUGCGGAUUUGCGAGAUGGACAUGGCGGCCAUUCACACUGUCAGUCCUUUCCUCUUUGGUCAAGACUCUCCCACCGAUGAGCUCGGCCUCUCCCCGCCGGAGAUCUGGUCGCUCGUGGCCAAACGGGCGAUGUAUUUGGCCGAAAUCACCCAGAGUCAUCCAUUCCAAGGAGAUUCCGAGCUUGAGGCUUCAAUGAUUUCCAUGGCACGCCUGGCGAACGCUGAGCUUGACGGGUUUCUCCAUGUAGUGACAACUCUGCGGCUGUGGGAUGCGAGCAAUUGCGACAUCUAG